AUGGAGCGCGUCCACCAGAAUGGCGUCAAGGCGAAGCAGAAGGAGCAGGAGGCGAAGGAGAGCGGCAACGCCCCCGCCAGCUCGCUGCCCUCAUCGGCGCCGACGCCCGUCAUGCCGGUCACUCCGCCCCGACCUACUCGCCAGGUCUCCGAGGAUGAGAUUGAGAAGCAGAAGAAGGCGAACAAGGCAGAGGCGGCGGCUUCGGCUGCCAAGACGGGCACACCGGCUCCAAAGACAACUACAUCGUCUGGUGCUGCUUCUGCAGGCUCACUGGCCGUGGAAAGCUCAGUUUCCAGUCGAACUUCACCUUCUUCAACGACGACAUCUUCUUCUGUGGCGGCCACAACCGCCGCCGCCUCCAACCGGCGCGUGCAGGCGCUGCAGAAGGAGGACACUCGCGCCUCGGUGCGCUCCUCCGCCAGCUCUGACGACGGCUCGGAGGGCGGCGCCGACUCGGGUGAUGUAACGAACGAUGAUGAUUCAACUUCCGCCGCUGCUACAGCUGCCGCCGCCGCUUCCGCUGCUUCCUCUGCCUCUCGACGGCGCAUCUACGCUUCCUCGCACGGUGGCGGAGGGUCCACCACCACCACUUCUAAUGGCGCUGGGGCAGCUGCAGUGGCCGGCAGCAGUGUCGACUACUCCACGGCUGAGACUACGGCAGGACGGAGCUCUGCGUUGGCCAAGCAGGGCCCGGCAGGGUCCAGCACUAACAGGCAAGUACCAACUACUUCUUCUACUAGCACUUCUUCCACUAGCGCCAACACCACCACCAGCAGCACUACCAACAACAACAAAUACAGCUCACCCUCAACUAACAACACCUCCUCUUCCACCACCUCCCCCUCCUCCUCCUCUUCUAAAUCGAGCAAUAGAAGGGCUAAGGCUAAGGAUACUAACAACAACUACACUGACCCCCUUUACGACAUUUCCUCCUCCUACACCACCCCCUCUUCAACUUCUCAACCUUCAUCCUCCACUGCUCGCUCACUCUUCAGUCCGACCCGGAGCACCACCGCCACCAAUUCCUCCGGCGUCAAUUCCUCCCUCUCCAGCUACACUUCCACUUCUAAGAGACGCAAGCGCGCUCAGGCGGCGGCAGCGGCGGCGGCGACCUUGGCGGCUGCUUCGGCGGAACCGCCUGUUGCUGCUACUGCUGCAUCGCCUGUUAUCAGUGCCAGUGUCCAGCCAGCACAGGCGAAGGAGCACAGCAGGGGCGUCGACCACACCACAAGCAGCGACGAUCACGCUACAGCCAAAACACCAGCUAAGGAUCAGGAGCGCAGUAGUAGUAGCCGAAAGGAUUCAGUUGAUGAGGAUGAGGAACAGCCGGCCAGCAAAGUGGUAGAGCCUCAGAGUAGUGGUAGUAGUGCCCAGGCGGCGGCUUCGGCUGCCAACAGGCGAAAGGUGAUUCGCAUCAAGGCACGACAGCAAGCUUCUGCUGGGGCGUCUUCCGGCGAGAGGUCUACUCCUUCGGACAAUGCUUUUAGUCCACGAGAGAAACCCACCUACCGAAAUGUCUCUGGUUCCCACUAUGCAGGCUCCGUUCCAGGUCACUCUAGUUCGACUAGCGCUAGCACCACUACUUCCAACAACACCGGCACUAGCUAUAACAACAGUAGUAGCAGCAGCACUUACCGGCCUAGCCACUCUUACACGCCUAGCUCCUAUCGACCUAGCGCCUCCUCAUCCUUAGGGUCUAGUUAUGGCUUUCCAAGCACCAACACCACCAUCAGCAACAGCAGCAGCACAUCAUCGCCCCACACUGCAUCAGCCUUAACAUCAACCUCAGCAACCUCGAACCGAUCAAGCAGUCCACCUUCCGCACUGAACCGCUCCAAUGCGUACCUCAGCAGUGCUCGAGCACAGACUUUAAGUAGUGGUAGUGGUGGUAGUGGAGGUGGUGCCAGCUCAACCAGUGCCACCACCGGCAACUACCGCCACAACCUCUCUUCGAUGGGUCUACCCGGCACCAGCAGCAACAGCAGCAGCAUCAGCAGUUCAAGUAAUGUCACCCAGCUAAUGCGAGCCAUUGUAUCCUGUAGUCGCUUGUCCUCCUCACCACUGCCAUCACCUCCAACUACCGCAAACACCACCACCACCCGCUCAGGACUGAUUUGCAAGGGAGCAAGGAACCUUCUCGAGGUGGCCGACACUGCCACUUUCAGUCUGCUUUGGUUCUUCUGCGAGGCGACGCUGAUGGUCACCCUAGUGAGCUUAACUCUGAUUACCGUGACGGUGCCUGAUUCAAUUUCACUCUGCCUUACUAACCAGUACGGUGGUGCCUGGUUCCUUCGUCCCAGCAAUAGUGGUCGUGCAGUAGCAGAACAUCGUGAACAUCAAAGUGAGGAUGGUGUUGAGCAUCAAGAGCAGAUGUCAGCUGAGGAGAACUCAAUCGGACAAUUCGGCUUACAAUCGACGGUGGGGCCGGACAUAUCGGUAACUGACACCGAUCUGCUGCCUCGGCUGCCGGCGAGAAGACAUGAGGCCACUCCAGCCGAGCACCAUGAGUCGAUCUCUUCACCACCACCACCACCAACAACAACAACAACAACACCAUCAACACGAAUCACCACCGCCAACAACACCACCCACACCAACACCAGCACCAUCAUUACCAGCAGCGCUUCCAUCACCGGCACCGUCACCGACGCCAUCGCAAACAGCCAGUGA